AUGGCUAAGCCAGAAGACACCCCCGAGAUGGAGUAUCGCUUCCUGGGCCGCUCAGGUCUUCAGGUGUCUGCAAUCUCUCUCGGAGGAUGGCUGACACACGGUGGCCACAUCGAUAAAGAACGCACCUUUGAAUGCAUGAAGGCCGCCUAUGACUGCGGUGUCAACUUCUUUGACUGUGCCGAAGAAUACUCCAAUGGUGAAUCCGAGAUUGUCAUGGGCGAGGCUAUCAAGAAGUUCGAUUGGAAACGAAAUGAUCUGGUAGUCUCUACCAAGCUCUACUGGGGAGGAGCCUUUGGAGACAAACCGGUCAACAACAAGGGACUUUCGAGAAAGCACAUUGUCGAGGGGAUUAACGGUGCUCUCAAGCGGUUGGAUCUCGAGUAUGUCGAUCUCAUAUACGCGCACAGGCCUGAUCGUCGAACGCCCAUGGAAGAGAUCGUUCGUGCGUUCAAUCACAUUAUAGAUCAAGGACAGACGUUCUACUGGGGAACUUCGAUGUGGAAUGCCGAUGAGAUCGCACAGGCGUGGCGAUAUGCAGACAAACUGGGUCUGAUAGGCCCAAUUAUGGAGCAACCCGCUUAUAACAUGCUGGAUCGAGUCAAGGUAGAGCAGGAAUAUGCCCACUUGUAUCGUGAAGUUGGCCUCGGUCUGACUGUAUUCUCACCUAUGCGUCAAGGUAUCCUGUCUGGAAAAUACAGUGACGGCAUUCCUGGUGACUCUCGCUUCGCCAACGAAGAGAUCAAGUGGGUCAAUGGUUUCUGGAAGCAAACAGGGAAAGAUACCUGGAUGGCUAUUAUUGAGCAGGUCAACCAACUGAAGCCUAUUGCGGACAGACUUGGUCUCAAACAGAGUCAACUCGCCUUAGCCUGGGUACUAAGCAAUAAGAAUGUCAGCUCUGCUAUAACGGGUGCUAGCAGUCCUAAGCAGGUGUAUGAGAACGUCAGAGCUGUGGCUGUUGUCAAAAAGUUGACACCGGAGAUUUUGAAGGAGAUUGAUAUGAUUCUCAACAACAAACCACCUGAGGUUGUGGAGCGGUAUUAG